AAAUAAAAUACAGCUGAUCGACAAGACAAGGCCCGACAAGUUUUGUUUCAUUCAAUCAUUCGUGUAUUUCAUGAGAAAAUGGUGGUUUUGUUCUAAACAUGGCGAAUAUUGCGAGCCCUCUACCUUAUCUAAAUAGAAGGGAAUAUGGGCUCUUACCUGAUAUUAAAUCACAAUUCUUCAACAAACGUUUAAACGCAGCUAAAAAUUUGUAUCGACGAGAUCUUGUGUGCCAUUUUGGUUGUGUUAAUGCUAUCGAGUUUUCCAGUAAUGGCGAAUAUCUUGUAUCAGGUGGCGAUGACAGGAGGGUUAUGCUCUGGCAUUUCGGGCAGGCCAUAUUGGACCGGGGCAAACCAGAGCCCAUGAAGGCUGCCCACCAGUCCAACAUCUUCUGCCUCGGCAUCACUAAUGAUAACCAGAAGAUUUAUUCAGGGGGCAAUGAUGAUAUUGUGAUAGUCCACGAUCUAGAGAGUAAGAGCCCGCUAGAAGUGUUGCGGCAUCAGCGCGCGGUCUGCAGCCUGAGCAUAGAUCCGUUCAACGAGCGCGUGGUCUCCACUGCCGGCAAUGAUGGCCGCUUGCUACUGUUUGAUACCAGGCAGUCUGUACAUGAAUCCCUGGUGGUAUCUCGCAGCAGGAAAGCUUUCCACGGCGUCAUGUUCCAUCCCACUCAGGUUGGAAUGCUCGUGUCGGCUAACGCCCGCGAUGGCGUCGCCUUAUGGGAUCUCCGUACACCUAAACACCCGGUCCUCCGCUACGCCGGCAACAACGGCACCUGUCAGAACAGCAUGAGCGUCCGCUUCAACUCCGCCGGCACUCACAUCUUGGCCCUCCGCCGUCGACAAGUACCGGUCCUAUACGCCGUGCACUCUCCCAACCCCGUAGCCGAGUUCUUCCAUCAGGACUACUAUAAUUCGUGCACCAUGAAGAGCUGUUCGUUCGCCGGGGAAGGGGACCAGUUUGUCCUGUCCGGAUCUGAUGACUUUAAUUUAUAUAUGUGGAAGAUUCCUGAAGGCGGUGGUGCUGGUAGUGAUAUAGAGGUGGAGCCCCCACACAUAGUCCUGUACGGACACCGGUCCAUCGUGAACCAAGUGCGGUAUAACCCCCACUACUGCCUGAUUGCCUCCUCGGGGGUCGAGAAAAUUAUCAAGGUGUGGUCAGCUCUAGAGUUCCCAAAGAUGCGCGGCGCUUUACUAGAGGAGGCCCAGGGCUCCGACAACCCGCGGGAAAUAUACAGCCACGAAGAUUACGUGUCGCUCGUACAUCAUAGUGGACAGCACAUAUCUCAUAACUACGCCGAACAAUCGACGAGCGAGGAUCCCCGUAUGAUGGCAUUCUUCGACUCGCUGGUACAGCGGGAGCUGGAAUGCCUCGCUGAGGAGACGGAUUCCCUUGACGGGUCCAGUUCGGGCAGAUCUGUCCACGACAGCGAAUCCGACUCGUCAGACACCGACCAGAUUGUGGUUGACUUCUUACCGCUGCCGCCGAAAAGAGCGAAUCAAAACGGCAAUCGCAGCCAGCGAUGCCCCAACAGGCUCGCGCGGCUCGUGGCUUCACGCUAUUCUAAAAAUUUGAGAUCCCAGAAAAGAGGAACCCUUAGACGAAGCAAGCAGUCCCGUGUAUCGCUGGGCAAGUCGAGCAGCAAGUACGUGGGCGGGACGAGCGCGAAGGGCAAGCGCACGUCGCUGCGGCGGUCGCGGGGCCCGCGCCGCGCCCCCGCGCCCCGCGCCCCCGCGCCGCGCCCUGCGCCCCGCGCCCCCGCGCGCCCCUCCGCGCCCUCCAGCGAGAGGACCGACUCCGACGAGCCCGCGCACUGCCUCUUCAGGAACUCUGGCAGGAUCAUCCGACCUCUGCGACGCCGUAUGAACCUCACAAGGACCGCUAAAAGGAAAAGUAAAGCCACUGGUUAUAGAAAAGUUAUUAAUAUAAGGAAUAAUGGCGCUGCCAUGGCACAAGAUAGUAGUGAUAAUAAUAAUUUCAACAGUUUCGACAACUUUGACGAUAAUUUAGCUCAACCCAGCACAAGCACAGGUUACAGAGGACAAAAUGCAUCAGCAUUAUUCCGAAUAGCAGAAGUCGACUCUGACGAUGACCAGUCGGUGGGCAGCCGCCCCAUAUCUCCUAGAAACCAAAACAACAACCAGAACAUUCCUCAAAACCUCGUUAGCAUCAUCCCAACACCGAUGAAUGGUUCUCGGGACUCGCUUGGAGACUCCCUGAGGGCCGAACCGCCGGAGUCAGAAAGUAAUAACUCUUCGCCACCGCCAGAGAACAGGAGGAUGAAUUUGCGUCGAGUGAGGAGAAACGGACGCCUCAGCUUGCAGAGGUCAGAUUCCAGCGAAUCGCCGCCUCCUAAAGACCCAAGGGAACGCGCCAGCACCUCCAUGGCAGAACACACUCCCAGACUAGGACACAAUAGGACUGUCACAAGGCUCAUGAAUGAAACAAACGAAAGCGAGCUGGAAAGCAGCUGUAGUACGGAGAGCAGUAUGUGGCACCCCCCAGACACGAUGGGUACACCAGACAGCGGAGUGGGGACUGUCGUAGGCAGCAGUACGCGCAACUCCCAACCCCACGCCGACGACGUGUCUGACGACCCGGACUACCAAGCACUGAAGUUCCGGCAACGGGUCAAAAAGGCCCGACGGAAUUACAGAAAUCACAUGGAUUCUGACUCAAAUUGAACUGAAUAGUUAUAUGAAUUGUGUUCCAAUGUAUUGUAGCGGUUCUAUUGUAAGUGAACUAUUCAACGACUGCGACUUUCUAUUUAUAUUAUCUUACUCCUAAGAAGUUACAUUAUUAUUUGAUGGACUACUAGGUUAGUUAUCAAAUGUAUUCUGGUCUCUUUUGGUGUUGCCAUAAAAAUAUGAUUAUUAGCGAACUUCAAUAAAAUGCUACCCUUAAGUUUUUGGUGUUGUAGAAUAGAUACCAGCAAUUUUCACAUAUUCGAAAUAAGAUACAUUUGUAGUCAUAAAAAAAUCAUAUAACGAAUUUUAUGUCCGUAUCUAUCCGAUAAUCCCGUAUAAUGAAAUUACUUAUUGAAAGUAGUGUCAAAAUGUAUAGAUAUCCAUAUACGAAAAUGUAUUUUUAAUCAACCAUUUCUUAAUAAUUACUACAACACUUAUGAUUAGGUACUUAUGCUUGAGGUCUCAUUAAAUCAUUUCCAUAACAGUAAAAUAGGGUUAGACUUCAGAAUUUGAUGUUUUUGUGGGACACUAUAAAUAUAUUUAACGUACAUAAGUUAGGACGAAUGUUGUUUUGAGCAUACAUAGAACAUGCUCCAAUAAGCUUGUUACAAUGAAAAUGAGUUAGUUCAUAUUACCUACGUCAUACUAAUUAACGCUGUGUACAUUUUGUUUGCUUUGUAUAGUUUAUUGUUAAUAUAAAAAAAUAUAUGUGAUCUAAUUAUUAUCAAAUAACUUAAUUAGUGUUUAAGAAACAUCAAUGUUCCCUGAAAAGGUUAGCAUUAAUAUGCGAUAUAAAUACAUUGACAUAAAAAUAUA